UGCAGUAUCGCGCCAUUUAGGGUUAGGGUUUGUGGCCUUCGGUUUUAGAGAAAUCAGUAAACACAGAGGCGCACCUCAGACCACUCGACGCCACCAUGGGUCGUAUGCACAGCAGCGGUAAGGGUAUUUCUGCUUCAGCAUUGCCUUACAAAAGGACUGCUCCCAGCUGGCUCAAAAUCUCUUCUCAAGAUGUUGAGGACAGCAUCUGCAAGUUUGCAAAGAAAGGAAUGACCCCGUCACAGAUUGGUGUUAUUCUACGUGAUUCUCACGGUAUUGCUCAAGUAAAGAGUGUCACUGGUAGCAAGAUCUUGCGCGUACUCAAGGCUCACGGGCUUGCGCCUGAGAUUCCAGAGGAUUUAUAUCAUUUGAUCAAGAAAGCUGUUGCCAUUAGGAAGCACUUAGAGAGGAACAGGAAGGACAAAGACUCCAAAUUCAGGUUGAUUCUUGUGGAGAGCAGGAUUCACCGUCUGGCCCGAUACUACAAGAAGACCAAGAAGCUCCCGCCCGUCUGGAAAUAUGAGUCAACCACUGCCAGCACUCUCGUGGCUUAAGAUAGGUAAUUGUCUGGAUUAUUUUUUGACCGUCCUCAGGAUGUGGAUGCUGUGGUUCACUUUGUGGACAAGAUUUGUAUUCUCGUAUUUUCAUUGUUUGAUAUUGUUACUGGAGACCUGACUAUAGUUUCUGACAUCUCAAUUGCUUUUUCACGCUGUCUUAGAAUAUUAUGAUGAUUAUUAUUAUUUUAGCAAGGAUUUUCAGUUGACUUGAAAUAUCAUAUUGAAACUUCAAGUGGCUUUAUUGAUUUUAUACGAAUACGUAUUGUUAGUUUUA